AUGGACGAGGACAAGGCACCCGAGGUUGCUCUUGAGAGAAAGGUUGUGCUUUUUGCCGUCCCUCUGGCUGAUGAGAAGGGCCAGAAGAAGAUCUACAAGACGAUCCGAAAGGCCGCCAAGAAUGGUACCCUCAAGCGUGGUGUCAAGGAAGUCGUCAAGACCCUGCGAAAGUCCGCCCCCAGCGCCCCCGGCUACACCUCCUUCCCCGGCGUCGUCGUCAUCGCCGGCGACAUUUCCCCCAUGGACGUCAUCUCACACCUGCCCGUGCUCUGCGAGGACCACAACGUGCCCUUCAUCUUCGUCACAUCGCGCGCUGAGCUCGGUGCCGCGGCCAAGACCAAGCGACCUACCAGUGUGGUCAUGAUCAUGGAGAAGGCCGAGGGCAAGAAGAAGGCUUCCAAGGAGGCUGACAAGGACGAGGAUGAUGACAAGGAGUCGUACAGCGAGACUUAUGCUUCUCUGGUUAAGCUGGUGCAGAAGGAGGGCAGCAAGCAGUCUUUCUGGACAAAGGGAGAAUCCAAGGCGUAA